GUGGCACUCGGGUUUUACUUUCACUUUUCCAUAAACUCGUCAUUAAACUUCUGUUGCUGGCAGCGAUUGAAGAGGAUAAUUUUUCAGCUUGCCAGAUUUAAUGGGUUUCUUUCAGUCAUAGCAGGAAAAACUGUCAAACCCAUGGACAAUGAUCUUCAGAAAAUAUCAGACUUACUGUGAUCGUUUGCGACAGGACAAGGCUUUUCUAACCAGCAAUGGCAGACUGAGUGAACAGCUGGUUGAUAAAAUUAUUCUUCAGCUAAACCGAGUUUAUCCCCAAAUUCUCACCAUUAAAGAAGCUGAAAAGUUUCGAAAUCCCAAAGCUCCUCUUCAUAGUCGGCUUUCAAACCUCAUAGCUCACUUGCAAAAGAAAGGGGACAAACCAUGUCAAGAAUUUUACCGAGCUUUACAGAUCAAUGCUGAGCAUCUCUAUAACAACUUGCCAAGCAGGAGACGUCUAAAAACCUCAGAUUCCACAGGGAUAAACCCUGAGAAGGAGAAAUGUGUUCUAAAUGACAGGGGUCCUACGUUCUUUCUUGCCUGCUUCAGUGUUGCUGCAGGGUUAGCAUUCUACAUGUAUUGCUGCAACCCAGAUUCCAGAGUCCUGGGAAAAGCCAAGAAGGUGCUGGGCUUUUCCCCCAUCAUCAUAGGAAGACAUGUUAGAAACAUCUGUAUGUUAUACAUGGAAGAUUCAUCAGGGAGACAGUAAGAAUAAACAGGCUGCACAGGCCAGCAUCAGAUUUCCCUGCCAAUGGCACUGGUGUUCUGCAAAGAGUUACCUUUUCUUAUACCAAAGAUAUAACUCGGUGGCUUUAGCAGUCUUUGUUUAUUGCUUCAAAGAGCUUUCAGAAGAUCACUUAUAUUUGCCUUUUACUUGUGGGAGUAAAUCUUUUUAUUUUUGUACAAGCUUAUUUUUUAAAUUAUUUAUCACCUUGAUAAAAUAUAUUUUAAUGCCAACAAGCAUUUUAACACAUCCUAAUUCAUUGCAAAGUCUUGAGAGUCAAAUCAUGCAUAUGUACAUUGCAUUCUGCCAGUUUCUGUUUCAAGAUGAGCAGAAAGUUUCUGCUCAAGCUAGUGCUGAAUGAUGGAGCCCUGUUGUGUGUGUCUAUGGCUUGUGUGUCUAUUUAUUAAGAGGAUAAUGAACUCCACAUGAAAGCUAUUCUGAGCUACUCUGCUUCAUUGAAAACAAACAGAAGUUUUCCACUUAAUAUGAGUGUCAACCUUGAGUGCUGGUGAUAGAACACAUCAAGUUUAGUAUAUCAACUAGUCCAUUAGCAGUUGUUGGGGAUUCUCUUUGUAAAUAGCAAAGAUAAUUGGUAUUAGACAAGAAAUAAUGUUUGAAACAACACCUGAAAUGUAUAAGCAAUUAUAAGCAAAUGCCGGGUGCAAAUGAACCCAAAGCCAUAUUAAAACAUGGAGUAUAUAGUUUUAUUUUUAAAUGUUGAAAAAACUCUGUGUUCUUUCUGUUUCUAAUAGACUCCAAGAGAUCAGUGAUAUGAAUAACCUAAGCAUUUGUCAGAUAUCUGUUUCUUAGUCCAACUGUGUAAGAUUUCAUGUUAUGUGAGGUUCCAGAGAGAAACUUAAGUGUGGCCAAGAAUUUAGCAAGGUUAAUUAACUUCUAAAGAGUAACUGAGUGUGUCAAUUUAUUGCAACUAAACAUGAGGGGUACAGGCUAUCUAGUUUAUAAUGGCAUAUGCUUUUGAGGACCAUAAUCUGCCUCAAACAUCUGAAGGAUUCUGUUCCAUGAAAAAAUUCAUUUCUCAGAAGCCCAUUUCAUGUGCAAGUGCUGUAUGGCAAUUUCAUGGAGCGUCUAGACUAUAUCAUCAUCCUUUAGCCCAUGUUUAAUCUCCCUUCUGCCUUGUCUUUUUUCACCUCUCUUAACAAGGGUAAUCUGUUUAGCUGGAAAGACUUAAGCAUAUGAAACUUCAAAGGUGUGGUAUAAUGUAGGGCACUAUCUUUAGAGGCAGGGAGCAGCAACCCUAGUGAUAAUGCUCUUUGCUCUUCAUCGCUCCUUUACCUCUCCUUAUUUCCAUGAAUUCCUCAGGUGUGAGAAUGCACAUUGGAUUUGUACGUGCAUAAUUUUUUCUGACAUUGAAAUGCCACAUCCCACCUUCCUCUGAUUUUUACCUUUGAUAUUCUGAAGAGGUGGAAUCUUUUCUUACGUGUAUGUAGAAGUGGCCAUCCAUCAACUUUGUAACAGAUACUUUCCAAACUGUUGUUCACAUUAAUCUUCCUUGGUUGACUAAGGAAUCAUAUUAUUUAGGGCAUUACAACUCUUUGGGGGAUUGAGUGGAAGGUGCUGGCUGACUUUUGAAUAUUCUGAAAUUCUUGAAAUCCACUUUUUUAAGAAGGAAAAGGUGCUACACAAUAGUAUAAAACACCUAUGUGCCUCAUCAUAAUUGCUACUUUCUUUGGGGAACUGAAGAGGAAACAGAUGGUUACAAAAGAGGGUUGAAAUGAACAGGAGUAGCAGAUAGCAGCUGGAGUAUAUUCCACCCUAUUCUGCACAUUGAAGGGGAUAGUUUUACAGUAAACUUCUUUCCAAUAAUAAUUUACUGGAAAUAAAUUGGGCAGGAACAGCAACAGCAUUGAAAAGCAACAGCAUGCAAAAGAUUCACAUCUAAACACAGCUUUAGGCUUUAGAUUGCUGUAAGACUCUUCAUUGUUUUGUUUAUCAGACAGAGGCCUGGUUCAGAUGAAAUGUUAAACUAUCAUUUAGUGUCAUUAUAUUUCCAAAUUUUGAGUUCCCAUAUUCCCCUCUCCUCUUCUGUCAUGGUCAUGUGGAAUAAAUAAUAUUUUCAUUUUCAGUUAUCCUCAUGUUAUUGUCAGACUGAGGGUGUUGUAUACCACAGCUUAAAGUUGGCUUGUUUUAGUAGAAUGUAAGUAAAGUCCUUGAGUUGAACUCAACUUUAUGGACACAUUUAUUUUGUUUUCUUGGCAUCAAUACAGACAUUGUUUGCUGAUACCUUAUUCCAGGAUGGCUUUUCAAUUUCCCAGUCUAGUAACAACCCUGGAAUUUCUUGACAUCCAAGCACUAACCAGUUCCAGUCCUGUUUAGCAUGUUGAGAUCAGCCACCUAGCUGGACAGGUUCAAAAUACCAUAGCUAGCUAUAGUUUAAUUAAAAAUGCCAGUGAAUGCAUAUAGUCAUUGCACAGCCAUAGCCAGAGAGGGGAGGACUGAUGCUAUUCAGAGCCCAGUUGUGGCCUGGGCUUGAAAUGGAUUAUGCUUCCCUACCAUAAACUAUAGGAAACGGGGGAUUAGCCAUGGAAUCUGACUUUUCAUGAAUUUAGAGGCGCUUUCUGAAGAGAAAAUAAAGUGAUGCAAGCAUGAAGUAGGGGUUGCUACAAGAUGAUCUAAGAUGUUUGCACUGCCACUUCAGCAGUUAUCCUGCUGUGGUUUGUAUCUGCCUCUGGUUAGGGAUGUUCUGUGUGAAUUGUUUAGCUAAAACUGCUUAAAAGGGCUUCUCCUCCUGCCCUCGCAGCUAAAGGAUUGUACCUGACAGAAACUUAAUCGACUUGUAUUUCCUCGAGUCACCACAGGAUGGUGGGAGAGCACUGCAGGAUACACAUGAGUAACUGGAUUUGUGUGUGGAGAAUCUUUAAAAACUGAAGUGUCAGCUACUUAUUUUCUGCACAACAGGAGAAAUAAUGCUGUACCACUGCUCAGUCAGACCUCAUUAAUUUUAAAGGGGUUCAUCAGUUUCAGAAGAAGAAUGCCUUAUUUCUAGCGUAUAGAAUAAUGAUCUUUGCCCAGUUGCUUUUUUUAAAAUAGGGCAUUUAUUUAGAAAAGAAAUAUAGCUUGUUUUUGUUUCAAGGUCGACUUUAGUAGAAGGCAGGAAUCUAUACCUGAGAGUUUAAGAAAAACCUUGGAGCAUCAAAACUCAGUUAAAAGAUCAAAGUGAAAGUCAACUUUGAAGUUUAAGCUGUUCCUCCAGUUGAGUAUAAAAGUAGCUUUGAACUCGCAGGCUGACUAUAUGAUCAACCAACUCGAUAAAAAGAAACCCUAAAAUAUACUACAUACUAUCAUUCAGGUAGCUUUUAAAAAGAUAAAAUACCUUUCCCCCCUCUCUUAAACGAUAUUCAAAAAAGAUAAUAGGAAGUCCAGUUCUCUAAAGUGUAAAGAGAAUAAAAUCCCAUCUAGAAUAUUCUGAUGUUCAAUUAUGUACAACCUACAUACAAAUGACACUGAAGAUUACUUAACGUGUUAUUUCUGCAGGAUAGGCCCUCUUCUUCGGACAUUGCUUAGUCAGAUCCUGCUAGCAUCUUCACCACAAAGUUAUUCCUAAUAUUAGAUUUGAGGAUGGAAGAGCCAAGUUCAGGUUUUGUUCUAUCCUGAACUGGCAUCAUUAAUCUCCUAUUAUGUCUUCCAAGAUUUUGAUUAAAUAAGAAGAGGAAGAGGCUGUGGACAUGGGACAUCCAUCACAGGAACGUAUUGUUUCAUGUUCAGUUGAGUCACAAGUGUUUGCUGAAGAGGAGAAAUGAAAAACUACACUAAAUCCAAACAGCACAUCAGCUAAUUUUCUCCCUUUUAUGUGAUAUGUUCCAUAUGUUGAUAUAUUAUUAUUAUUAUUAUUAUUAUUAUUAUUAUUAUUAUUAUUUUAUUCGACAUGCUAAUUAUUAUGUUCAGUUACAUUAAGUUUUUCAUUAUGUGAAAGGACCUGGUUGAUAGGGGAGAAUUCUACAGCUGGAGAAAGCUGUCUUCCUCUGACCAGUAGAGCGUGUCUGUGUGCGUGUCUAGGAGGGAGGCAAAUUGAUACCAUCGAAUAAUCAAAUCAAUUAAAAAUUACAGUGUAGAUGGUCCAGUGUGAAAUGAGAGACUGAAAAUACAUAAAUGUGCCCAGACUUUUUCGAUUCCCCAUAAAGAAAUUCUCAGGCAGCAAUAACAUUAGACCAAAGGGUCCAGAUUUUUUUUUUUUUUUUGGAUGAUGUUUAGAAAAAAAAUUCUUGUUAUUUUAUUAUUUAACAAUCAGAUUUUUUUGGGUGGUCCCGAUUUUCCAGGAGUAGUUGACAUGUUUAUAGCCAUCACUCCCCCACCGACAAUUCCCUUUAGGGCCCAUAAGGCCCCUUUUCACCUUAUUCUUUUUAGAUUCUUUUAAUUAAAUAAUCAAUAGGAAGCUGGCAUCUAGCACAGUAGUAGUAGUGUGUAACCUUUAGUGCCACUUAAAUUUGCAAGAUUGUUUCUUGCAAACUGUAAUCAUUUUACAAAGUAAAACAUUGUGGUGGAUCCUGGAGACUCUUUUGUUUAAAGUGUGUUUGUCUGCCCAGAAAGAGCAAAAAUAGGUUUAAGCGGUAAAAAGCAUUCUGGGGGAAUAGAAGAAAGCAAUAUUCUAUUCAAUUGUGCAGGGCUCUGGAUUUGGUUUGAAAGAGCUGUUUCAGACUCUGCAGGAAUGUGAAUGCAGCCGUGUCUGUGCUUUAAUGAGUCACAGGUAAGUGCUGUGUUCGAGCUCCUGUCCUUUCCGAUAUUUCACUUCCAACCCAGUCUGGAGCAUUGCAUGGCCCUAAUACCCAGGCCAUUCUAUUUAUUUACUGAAUAAUCUAAGGUUUAAUUGAAUGCACUAUUUAAAUGCUAUGUAUUAUUAUCUCUAAUUUGGCUUAGGUAUAAAAGACUCUAAGUCAUCAAUCUGUUUUCAGAAGGAAAUAAUACCUUUCAGGUGCCUGGAGACCAUGAUAUUAGCAAAUCAGACCUCCUUGUAUGUUGAAGAGAACAAAAUGGCAUGUGUAGUUGCUUUAUCUGCUGAUAACACCAGCUACACUGCCUGAACGCUGCUCAGAGUGAAUGAGAUAGCUGUGUGAUAUAUGUGAAAAUCGCCACAUGUUUUGCUUAAUCCUUCAAAUUAUCCAACAAUGGUCUUAGCUGUUUUUUGGACCAAUUCUAAAAUCCUUUGUUUCCAUUCAGUCCACAUAAAUAUAAUGUAGAUGGUGACUUGAAACCCAUCAGUUCCUUUUCUUACCAGAUGUCAGGUGAUAUAUUAACAUUUAUGUUGCAACUUCAUGUUUUUGAUCAUUUUUUUUAAAAAUCAAUUACCUUUUAAAUGUGUUUUUGGGGGAAGAGAGAAAAGGACUUCAUCCAUGCCUUGCUGCCCACAGGGGCUGCACUGAUGACACAAUGUGGUUUUCAAAGACUUUGAUGACAAUAUAUUCAUUUGCAUAAAAACCCAGAAAUGUUGGGAACUGUAGCAUAGAUUAAAAAAAGAUGUUAUCAAGAGAUAUGCUAAAGGGGAUGACAAUUCUAAUAUGAAAACAGUUCUCCAAUUGCUGUACAAGGAUGGCUUUGUAGUAAAAGAAUAGAUAUCUGUUAGGGCUUUAUGGUGAUCUGGAUUUGAAUGGGAAAACUGAUAUAGCCUUUCAGAGUCCCAUGGCAAGUGGGUGACCAUACAAACUGAAAGAAAGAAAUGUGAUUCUGAGUGUGCACGAGUCCACACAUCAUGUCUGUCUUUUGUGUCCUUCCAAGAAAAGAUGUGUUCUGUUUCUGGCCAACAUGUGUGACAUCAUGCCAGAAAUUGGGAGUGUUCUUGAUCACACACAGGAGCUAGCCAAUCAGUACUGUGCCACUGUUUGAAGUGUGCAGAAUUGCUCCCCCCCCCCCAAGUCUCCAUCUCAGUGAAUCAGGUAAAAUGUUAAAAUGUAAUCAGGGAGUUUACAGGAGAGAUUCGGUUCUAAAAUGGCUAAUAGGAAUAUGUUGCAUUAGAGCCAGUAUUUGACUUUUUUAGGCCCAGAUUCCACUUACUACAGGGAAUCCCAGGAUUUUAUAACAAACCAUAUAAAAAAAUAUCAAUCUCUGUGUAUUAAAUGUAUAUCAAUAUUCUCAAAAAAAGCAUUGGAUUUUGGGGAAUUUAUUUUUGUUAUAUUACUAUUUUAUUUUAUUUUACUUUUAAUCUAUAAAUGGAAGGGG